UGAAGGAAAUAACAAAGAGUGAAGGAAGCUCAGAGGCAUGUCAACCAGGGCCUGUCCAAUUCCAUGAAAAGUGGGUCAAUUCCAGACGACAUGUUCCUUGAGCUUGAAGCGGUGAAAUGGCACCAUACGACAACGACAACAACAAUGCCAUAAGACGAGCCUUACAGGGUACUGUUGCAGGGGACUGGCCAGGAAUUCAAAUGCAACAAAGAAAGAAACACUACCACGUGCAAUGGUCUGGUGACCUUGAUUCAAGGAAAAAGAACGUGAUUUCUAAAGAGUGGUUAGGAAAAGGUGGGAGAGAGUAGUGCCGGUCCUCUGAUCAUGAGCAGAGCAGGCCAGCUAACAUAUAUGAGGUGGAUUGGCCAAAAGAAACCAAGAAAAGAUCGCACUGGGCUAAG